CAAGACCUGCACCUGCUGCAGCUCAGCUGAAAAAUCCGUUUUGGAGGUGUUUUGUUCCUUUGUUAAAAUACUUUGUUAGUUUUUAAAGUGAAAAUGUCUGACCAAGAAGCGGAAGCAGAGGAGAUAAUGGAGGUGGUGGAUCCGGAUAAAGAUGACGGUGAUGAAGUGGAAUAUGAAGAUGGAGAAGGGUCAAGUGGAAGUCAGAGGCAAGAAACAAAAGUUUAUCUCCCUGGCCGACAUGAUGAGGAAAUGGGUGAUGAUGAGGAACUUGUCAAAGAUGAAUCUGCCUAUCACAUGUACCACCAAGCUCAAACAGGUUCACCGUGUCUUAGCUUUGAUGUCUUGAGAGAUAGCCUUGGAGACUCGAGGGUUGCUUAUCCUCAUUCAGUGUACAUUGUAGCAGGAACGCAAGCAGAGAAGGCACACCUCAAUCACGUAAUUGUUAUGAAGAUGAGCAACAUGAACAGAACAAGCAAGCAAUCGGAAGACGAUGACGAUGACGACGAUGACAGUGAUGAUGAGGAUGAUAAUCAGCCUGAGUUGGAGACGGCCAUGAUAGACCAUCUCGGUUCAGUCAAUAGAAUAAGGAGGACCACCUUGGGUGACAAGCAGAUAGCUGCCUCCUGGGCCGACACAGGCAACGUUCACAUAUGGGACCUCAGUGAUCCGCUACAAGCCAUCGAGAGCCCUGCUGCCAUGGCUAAAUACAUGAAACAGAACAACAGCAAGCCCCUUUAUACCUUCAGCGGCCAUGUGACGGAGGGAUAUGCCUUGGAUUGGUCUCCAACUGUUCCAGGGACUAUGUUGUCUGGAGACUGUAAGAAGCACAUUCACAUGUGGAAGCUGAGAGAGGGCGGUGUGUGGAACGUGGAUCAGAGGCCGUAUUUGGCUCACACAGACUCAGUUGAAGACAUUCAGUGGUCUCCCAAUGAGAAAAAUGUGUUUGCAUCGUGCUCGGUGGACAAAUCCAUCCGUAUUUGGGAUGUGAGGGCCCUCCCCUCCAAGGCCUGCAUGCUGACAAUGGAAGAGGCCCAUGACAGUGAUGUCAAUGUAAUACACUGGAACCGGAACGAUCCAUUCAUUUUAUCGGGGGGUGAUGAUGGUGUCAUCAAUGUGUGGGAUCUCAGGCAGUUUCAGAAAAAGGGCCCACCUGUAGCAAAGUUCAAGCAUCACACUGCUCCCAUUACUUCAGUGGAGUGGCACCCGACAGACAGUACCGUCUUUGCCGCGUCUGGAGCAGACGAUCAGCUGACGCAGUGGGAUCUGGCUGUCGAGCCCGACGACGAAGGUCAAGGGUCAAAAGGCGAUGAGCCAGACGUCCCUCCACAGCUGUUGUUCAUCCACCAAGGUCAGUCUGACAUCAAGGAGGUCCACUGGCACCCGCAGAUCCCUGGAGUGGUCAUCAGCACAGCUCAGAGUGGCUUCAACGUCUUCAGGACUAUAAGUGUGUAGCCUGGGUGAUUUUGAUAGGACCAAUCUGACUUCUAUUUCAGUUUAACUUACUUUCAAAGGAACUGCUCUGCAACAGCUGUUGGCUGCAUGACGCCUACCUAGUAUGGCCAAUUGACAUAGGAAACAUUUCCUGUCUAAGUUAAAUCAGUCAUGAUGGCUGACAUCAUAUAACAGAAAUUACUUGCGACCCUUUAUUAAAGUAGAGGUAAUUGCCUAGCAGGGAUUUGAAAUGACAACCUUAUAAUCAUGAUUCCAUUGCUACAACCAAUAGAACACACGACUGGAAUGUUUUAAACCGUUGCAACUGAAUAUUAGAAUUCCUUUGCGUAUUCCCGUUGUUUCUAUAAUACUUACACCUAAAUGAUCUCUGCAACACAGCUUUUUUUUUGCAGCAGCAGAACGCGAAUCUGAUAUUGCCAAUUAAAUAAGGAAACAUUACAUGUCUCAGAUUAUCAGUCACCUGGGCUGAUUUAAUAGACAACAGAAAGAUUGUCGGCCCUUUUGGGGUUAAAAUGGAGGUAAAGGCCACUCUGGGGUUCAAACUCACAACCUCAGGAUUGAGAGUCCAUUGCUCUAACCACUAGACCACAUGACUUGAGUGCGUUUGAUCGAAGCCCCUCAAAUUUUCAAAAGCUUGAAAAAUCGGAGAGGAAAGGGAAAAGAAGGGAUCAAAUCCAACUUGAAAAGCCUUAGUAUGGGACUGAACUACCAUGAACGCCUUGAUUAAUUGUCUAGUGAGGAUUGUUAUCAUGGUAAUAAACAUUGAUAGCAGAGUUGAGCAACAGUACCCUAAUAUUUAUUUCUUGCAGCAAAAUGGACAAUGACAUUUUAUUUAUUUUAUAUUAUGAUUGAACAAAAUAUUUAUCACUUUUAUGAAUUUGGGUCACUGGGAAAUUUCAAACAUUUUAUUCAACGUGUAUCAGAAAUGUGCUUUAUAAUCAUGAAGAGACAAGAUUUUUUUACCGGCAAUAUGAAUGUGAUUUUAUAUUGUUUUUGCACAUUUAUAGACAUCGUAUUUUCAUUUUUUUUUAUAAUAUUGAAUUAUCUUCUUUUUUUUAAUCAAGAUAUAUGCAAUAUUUUAGGUGACAAAUUAGAACAAAUAUUGGCAGUCUAAAUGAACAUUAUAAUUGUGUUAGCAAGUGUUUUGAAUCAGAAUGUCUUAAAAGCAAAGUCCACGCCAACAAAAAGUUGAUUUGGCUAAAUUGGAGAAAAAAAAUCAGACAAAUCAUGCAACGCUGGAAAUUUUUUGAAAAGUAAAAAAUAAGAAAGUUAUUACAUUUUAAAUUUGCACAAUCCGCAAUAUGGACAGAAUUGGUGGCAACUAUGCAAUUGAAGGAACAAAGUAUGUCACAUACUCACCAUUUCUUUCAUAGUUUAUGUAUGAAAUAUAAAUAUUUUAAUGUUUCUUGUAAUGAUUUAAAUCUUUGUUAGAUUGAUCAACAAAUCAGUAGAAAUUGAUUGUGAAAUAUAUAUUGCAAUCAAUAAAGAACAAAAGAAUGUGUGGCAUCAUCAAUUACACAUCGAUCAGGAUGUGCACAUAUCUGAUGUGUCGAAAGAAAGGGAAAUAAUAAAAAUGCAAUAUUUUCGUUGAAUCUGAUUUUGAUUUUCCUUGUUCACACAAAGUCAAAAUGGUAAUCAAAUUCACUAUAGAUUAUGCAUCGCAGCCAUCCCCAUGAAAAAUUUACCUGGAAAAAUUCACAUUGUCACACCGAACGAUUUCAAGAAUGCAGUAUUAAAAUCUAUUGAAAUGAAAGUCAAAUCACAAUGACCAGUAGGCCUAAUGAACAGCUUGGAGGCUUUGGUCAUGAAGGGCAUUCGGUAGUACAUUUUCUAUGUUCUUGAAAGCGUUCUGCAUAGCAGUGCGAAAACUCUCUGAAGGCCUGGUCCCACUGGCAGACGAACCCAAAACAUAUUUAUAACAGAUACAGCAGACAAGCGAAAUUUCAGGGUGGCUCCAUUUGUUUGCAUCCACUGCAGACAAUGGACAAAAUGAGCAAACAAUGAAAUCACAGUGGAUGGAUGCUCGAUGGAUACAGAGUGUAUGAAACACAUAGAGUACACAACAGAUACAUAACAUUUUCCAACGGAUGGCAAGAUUUUUUUCUGUUUGACAUCCUCUCUGCAUCCGAAAGUGCAGUGGGACCAUGCCUUAACUCAAAGGACCGGCUCAAGGAAAUAUAAUCAUUGUUCAUGAGAUUUCUGUUGAACUUUGCGAAUGACCACAAUAUAAAUAUCUCAAAAGAAUUCUCCUUUUAAUCUACAGAUUUCAUUUAAUUUGUUUUGAUCUAUAAAUUUAAUUGAAUGGGAUUCAAAGGAAUUCAUAAGCAUUUAUGGGGCAAACUGGUAAACCAGCGAGGUUAUGUUGACAGUAUUUAACAGUAUAUGCAUUUCAAGAUCAAAUCCUGAGAAGGAUAUUAUGUUCUGUGUGUAUCAUUUUCUUAAGAGAUCUAUGCUGUGGUUCCAUUUAUGAAAUUAAUAUGUUUAUGCACAGAAAUAAAUACCAUGGAUUCAUGGGACAAAAUCUUCGA